AUGACGAUUGCGUUCAAGGGAAGGUCAACCAUAAAACAAUACAACCCACAUAAACCAAGCAAAUGGGGUUACAAAGUAUUUGCACUUACUGAGGCAACUACUGGCUAUCUUUUACAGUGGGAAAUGUAUGCUGGGUCAUCCAUGGAGACGGACGAGGAUGUGAGCAAAACUCACAGCAUUGUCCGUAAACUAUGUUCAGGUUACAUGGGAAAACAACACGAAGUGUACAUGAACAGUUAUUAUUCAAACCCAUAUUUGGCAAAAGAGUUCAAAGAAAAGAAAACUGGAAUUUGCGGUACAAUAAAUUGCAAUCGAAAAGGAAUGCCUGAUGAACUCAAGAAAAAAAAUCUGAAGACCAAAAAAGGAGAUGACCCAGUAUAUAUGUUGUCAGGGGACAUUCUUUGUUGUGCCUGGCAUGACACGAAACGAUUGACAAUGCUGUCCACCAUACAUGAUGCUGGUGUAUCGGAAAAAUCCAUCCGAAGCAAAACCAGUGAAACCGGAACCCGGAUGGAGUGUAUUACCGGAUUGUUGCAGGAGUACACACCGGGUGUUCUAAGUCCAAGAAGAAAAUCAAAAGAUACAAUUUCAAGAAUUGUACCUGAUCA